AUGGUGGGUACCAUCAAGGGCCUGGAACUGAAAGUGGCGCCCCAGAAGACGGAGGCUAUGUAUUUUCAUAAUGGCCGUCAAGGGGCGCCGAAGAAGUCCCGGGUCCGAGUUGAUAGUGUCCGCGUCUGCGUCGGGCCCACGAUAAAAUAUCUGGGCCUGACGUUGGACAGCCGUUGGACCUUCAGGCCACACUUCAGGGGCCUGGCCCCCCGGGUUUGCAAAGCCGGCAUUGGCUGGCCUCAUGCGGAACAAGGAGGGCCUUGGAUGGCACACUCGCUCAUAUGGGUGUUCCGGUUAACCGCCACCGUCGCAAAUACUAACUUGAUGCGCCAGGCUGUGCUGACCGGGUAUGGGUGCUUCGGUCAGUACCUAUACUGGAUCAAGAAGGAGCUCACCGCUCGAUGCCACCACUGUCCGGCGCCGGAGGACACUGCGCACCAUACGCUGGUCUCAUGCCCAACAUGGGACUAG